ACAUCUGGUGCUCAUUGGAACCGAUUACCCCCAGCUGUGGACACUUUUCACCUGCUAUAAAAGCUCGCCUGGUCACUUUCCUUCACAAUUGUCUCUGGCACAAUGGCUGGUGUUUGGCUCUUGGUUCUGCUUCUCUGUGCUGUCUUCAUGGACAAUGGCCUUUGUAUUCCAGCUGGGGAAGAACAAAGGGAGUCCAAUGUUGUUCUGAAAAAAGAUGUGUCUCCUGAUUAUAUUUCACUUCAGAGACUUGUUAAACUUCUUGACUCUUUGGAUUCUACAUUGAAGCUACACACUCCGGCCCAACCUGCAACCAAAGAGGUAUUUCAAGACAAAGCAAGCUACCAUGAGCGAAAUGACCAGCAGAGCCACAACGUGAGCGGCAAGGGCCAACUGAACGACGCCGUGAGCCACAACGUGAGCGGCAAGGGCCAACUGAACGACGCCGUGAGCCACAACGUGAGCGGCAAGGGCCAACUGAACGACGCCGUGAGCCACAACGUGAGCGGCAAGGGCCAACUGAACGACGCCGUGAGCCACAACGUGAGCGGCAAGGGCCAACUGAACGACGCCGUGAGCCACAACGUGAGCGGCAAGGGCCAACUGAACGACGCCGUGAGCCACAACGUGAGCGGCAAGGGCCAACUGAACGACAUCUUUCAGGAAGUCCAGGAGGGUGUCAACCAGAACAACACAAUGAGUCACACCCAACAGAGUGAAUCGUUACAAGUCCAAAGUGUCACCCAGAAUAACAGACUGGAGUAUGACUCUGCAGAUGGAGGGAUCAUUGUGAAUAUUUGAUUUGUAUGGCAUGGAAGAACUGUUUAAUGUAACUUGUCAAUUAAAAUCUUUCUCUACCACAAUGAAAAGGUAUGUAAAGACUACAUGUUACAUAACCUUUAGUGAAAGCCACCAUUUCAUUUAAGGGCUGGUCUGCAAACUGGCUAGGGACCUAGUGUGGUACCUGCUUUACUUUUGAUGUGACAAAUCUAUGUAGACUCUAAAUUUUUUUUUUUUUUCUCUCUCAAAUCAUCUGUUUUGAUUGGUUAGUUGAUGAAAGUUACUUGUGUAAUCAUGUUACAGCUUUAUCUGAGGGUCAAGUGAGUGUUCACUUUUGCUUGCUACAAUGACACCCUCCCAUGCAGAAGGCAAGGAUGAAGUCUAAAAAUACCCACCCACAAAUAACAGAUAAAAGUUGUCAGUUUCCUUCUCAUAGUUGCUCAUGGAAAAGUAGAAAUUACAAUGCAUUUAAAGUACUCUGGCAAGUGUUAUUUAAAGUUAGCGUGAAUCAAGUAAUUGUUGCAUAUUACCCACCUGUGUAGCAUCAAAAAGGUCAGCUUUUCUUAGAAUAUUAAAGCCACAAACUUCAGUUUACGUGGAAAACAAAUUGAGAUCAGUUUUUUUUUUUUUGGUCAGAUAGUAAAGGCAGUGGUUCUACUGUUGGGAGUUGUCAUGUUGCUCUGGAUUGUGUAGUUUCUAUACUGUAGGUUGCGUGAGUAGUUUAUGGGUAGCUAAUGCCAAUAAUUCUGUAUC